UCAGGCCCAUCAGAGAAAGUUAUGGUCAGGGCUAGUGUAUGAAGCACAGGCUUGGGAAACCACACUGACUCAGUACAAGAUGGACCUUUCCUCCCACCCUUCUGGACCCUGGAAGACACUCCUGCUCACAGCCUCAUUUCUCACCUCUAGGAGCCUGCCAUGUGAUGCCCAGCUUGCCAUCUACCCCAGCACACGCACUGCCAUUGUGGGACAGGACGUCCUUCUCUCUGUCCAUGGAAUUCAGAGGAAAAGUCAGAUCUACUCCUGGUUCCACGGCCUUGUUCAUCAAAAUCUCAUUCUAUCUUACAACGUUUCCUCUAAAUCCCACAAUAGAGGUCCUGGCUACACUGGCCGGGAAGUACUUUAUAAAAAUGCUUCUCUGCUGAUCAGAAAUAUCAAGGUGACAGAUGGGAGGCUCUACACUUUCCAAGAGGUCUGGCCAAAUCUCUCAAUGACAACUGUAUCCAAGCAUCUCCAAGUCUACCAGAUGGUGUCCAAACCCCACAUCACAGCCAACACCACCAGUGUCACAGAGGACGAGGACUCAGUGGCUUUUCAGUGCCUUACCAAGGACGAUGGCAUCACCAUCCUGUGGUUCUUAAACAACCAGCCCAUUCCACCGAGUGGGAGAUUGUCUCUGUCCAAGGACAACAGGACUCUGACUGUCCUGCAGACCAGGAGGGCAGAUGCUGGAAUGUACCAGUGUGAAGUCUGGAACGAGGUCAGCACCCAAAGCAGUGACCACAUUACUCUGGCCGUCACCUAUGGGCCAGAUCAGGUGAAGAUUACCCAGGAGCCUGGAUCUCACUUGGUCCAUACCAUCAAGGUCAAGGCCAACUCCACCCUGACAUUAAGGUGUCAGGCUGAGUCUCACCCAUCUGCCCGGUUCGACUGGCUGUUCAAUGACUCCGUGCUGGUGAUAGACAGGGAUGAGCUCAUGCUACAGGGGGGGUCCCUGGUUCCAGGACACUAUACCUGCGUAGCACGGAACAGCUUGACAAAGAAUUUUGCGGUUACCGCCGUCUACAUUGAGCCCCUUAUAGAAUCACCGGACACCUCUUCUGGUGGCUCUCGCUCCUCACUCACCUUCGUCGGCAUCCUAGUGGGAAUCCUGGUUGUGAUGGCUCUUCUCAGUGUCCUGGCCUAUCUCCUACGCAAAAAGGCACAAGGGUACUCACAGGAAGUAUUAGGAGGGCCAGGCCAAAAAAACAAGAUCCUGCCAUCUGUGAAAAACAGUGAUGUUGCCACAUAUGAAAAUGGUCUGCAGCUUCAACACCAACCCUCAAAUAGACAAAUAGCGGCCCCUACACAGAAUGUGGACUCCUACUACAUCUCUCCAAAACUGAUCGAGAAUCCCUACCAGAUGUCGACGCCUCCACAGGACGUGAACCCCUACUCCAUCCUCUCUCCAGACUCACUUGAGGACCCAUAUGAGAAACUGACCUUUGCAUCGAUAGACAUUUAUGAACAGAUUGGCCCUAAAGAAGCCCCCCCAAGAGAAGGAUGAAGACAACAGAGGCUGAGACACACACCACAUUUCCUCCCCUGCUUUUCCCUCCCCCGUUUCCACAGAUCCCACAACCCUCCCUGGGGCCAAAGCAGAGAGAUGGCCGAACUGCCAUGGUGUCCUUGGGGCUCAGCCAUGUACAUAGCCGGCCCAGGUUGGACCUCCCUAGUUUUGCCAGGAGAAGAACUCACCCACCCACCCAUACCCCUUUACCAACUGUGUGCACGUAUUAGAGCCACCAAGACAACAAGAAAAUAUUCAUUCACUCAGUCAGACAUCAGUGAACUUGAUACAAAGAUACAUUUUUCCCAAUUACUUGUUUCCCUUCUCAUUUUAGCUGCAUUGGUUUUGUCUGUGCAAAAACCCUAUUCAAUUUUAUGUAACCCAAGUUGUCUGUUUGAUCUUCUGUGGGUGGCCUCUAUCCCUCAUUUGAUCAUGAAUUCUUCCCUCUCCAUAGAUCACACAAGUAAUUUCUACCUUGCUCCUCUAACUUGCUUAUGACCUUUUAUGUCCAAGUCUUGAAUCCAGUUGAGCGUAUCUUGUUAAAUGAUGUGAAAUAUUGCUCCAGGCAGCAAAAUAGUACCAUGAAUAGGAGACUGGACAUGAAAUCAGGAAGAUGCCUUAGGCAUUUAUGAACUGCAUGACCCUGGGCAAGUCAUUCAUCUCCAUCUGCUUCAGUUUCCUCAUCUGUAAAGUGGGGAUAAUAACAAUGCCUACCUCCCAAGAUAGACUUGAGGACAAAAUGUAAAGUGCUUUGCAAACCUUAAAGCACUCCAUAAAUCCUAGAUGUUAAUAUACAGCAACUAUUUUUGCCUGAUUUUUCCAGUUUUACCAUCAGUUUUUGUCACAUGGGCUUACUCCAGCAGCUGGGAUCUCUGGAUUUAUGCAGUGCUAGGCUACUAGAUUCCUCUGCAUCUGUAUGGCUUGUGGUUGGUCUGUUCCACUGAUCGACCUCUCUGCUUUUUAGCCAGUGCCAAAUUGCUUUGAGAAUUACUGCUUUGUAGCAUAGUUCGAGAUCGGGUGCUGCCACACUCUCUUAUAUCCCCAUUGUUUUUCAUUACUUCCUUGAGAUUAUUGACCUCUUGUUCCUUCAAAUGAAUGUUGUUUUUUUCUAGCCCUGUAAAAUAACCCUUUAGAAGUCUGACUGGUGUAGCAUUGAAUAAGUAAAUUAAUCUAGGUCAUAUUAUCAUUUUUAUUACAGUGACUCAACCUGCCUCCACUGGUCGUCUUGUCAAUUCUACUUCCCCAAUUUCUGUCCCCUUCUCUAUACUUACACCACAGUCUCCCUGGUUUUGGAUAUUCAGCACCUCUCACUUAGAUUAUUGUAAUAACCUCCUAAUUAGUCUCCCUGAUCCAGGCUUUCCUCCCUCUAAUCCCUCCUCCAGGAAGCUGCCAAUCAAUAUUCCUAAAAGUAUGGGGCAUGGAAGGAAAAGAGGAUUUAUUAAGCUCCUAUUACAGGCCAAGCACUUUACAAAUAUCUCAUUUGA